UUCACCAUCGUAGAGGAUAUGGGUUUCGGGGCUUUUGUGAAUAAGCUUGAUCCAAGCUACAUCCCGGAAAGCUCUAUAAACGAUGGUCACCAAAAGGUACAUCACCACCACCAAGGAGAAGAUGAUGAAGGACCUAGAAAAGGCAGAAUUUGUUAGCCUUACUGCUGAUAUGUGGUCUUCUAUCAAUAUGGAUGGAUACCUUGGUGUGACUUGCCACUACAUAACACCAGAGGCGAAGAUGGCAACAGUUGUACUGGGUGUAAUGAGGUUUUACCAAACCCAUACAGCCCAGCAUUUCAUGGAGGCUAAAACCUUGUUGAUGGCUGAGUGGGGAAUAACAUCCAAAGUACAGUGCAUGGUGACAGACAAUGCAUCUAACAUGAUCUUAAGUGCCCAGCUGCUCAAUCUUCGCCAUGCCCCAUGCUUUGCACACAAUUUAAAUUUGAUUGUAAAAAAAGCUCUAGAUCAAACCCCACUCAUCAAUGACAUACGACAGAAAGCAAGAAAGAUAGUGGGGUUGUUUAGAUCCAGUUGCAAAGCAAAGGACAAGCUUAUGGAAAUACAGACCUUGAUGGGUAGACCAAGUCUGAAACUGCUACAGGAGGUUGACACAAAAUGGAAUAGCACUUUCGACAUGCUGCAACGUCUGUAUGAGAAAAGAGAGCCAGUGGGAGCGGCACUUUCUGGUUUAAACAGUGAUACUGCUCCACUUUCAAGUUUGGAGUAUGAAAUAAUCCAAGAAUCAUUGACAAUAGUGCAACCUUUUAAACUAGCAACAACAGAGUUGUCGGAGAAACAGAGAGUGUCUGCUUCAAAGCUCAUACCACUUUACAUGAUGUUGUAGCACAAAAUGUCAGAGAAAAAAGGAAGUGCAAAUCACGAAUCCACUAUACAAUUAGGCUCACACCUGCAAGAAGGUUUGCACUCCAGAUGUGUGGGGUACGAGUCUUUUAGAGCCUUGGCUCUGGCAACACUGCUAGACCCAAGGUUCAAACACGUGGCUUUUGGAAAUCCUGCAAAAGCAAAGGAAGCUGAAAGGCACCUUACCACGGAGUGCGCAUCACUGAUGCGUACAAAUCCUCCAACUCCUGGUGAGCAGUUUAAGUCUUCAUCUAAUUUCAUGAAGAUAUAUCAUAUCAGUUUAGCCUGUGUAACUAAUUGAUUUUGAAUGUUUAUUUAGAGCCACAACUGUCAGCAGCAGGCCCUUCAUCAUCUUCAUCAACAACAAAAACACCAGCAGAAUCGCAGGACAAUUUAUGGGAACAUUUCGAUAAUUGAAUAUGUGACACCCAGACAAUACAAAGCGCUACAGCUGAUGCCACUGUGGAAGUAAAAAAAUACCUGACAGAUGCAUUUUUACCAAGAACACAUGAUCCUCUGUGUUACUGGAAAGACAGAGCUGUUAUUUUUCCACAUUUGUAUGUACUUUCAAAAAAGUAUCUGUGCAUGCCAGCAACAAGUGUUCCUUGUGAGAGAAUUUUUUCUAAGGCUAUGUAAAAAAAGAAGUAGGCUGAGUCCUUCAACAGCAGAGCAAUUGAUAUUUUUGAAUAAAAAUGUUGAAAUGUAACAAAUGUCUUACUUUGUUGCUUCAUUUGUUUUAUUAAUGUCUCAUUAUUUGUUUAUGCAUUUAUCUCAUAGUUUCCAUUACUAUAAUAAUAUAUUCACAAUAAGGUACCUGAAGGUUUCAAAAUCAAACUCUCAUAGUUGUCAUUCAGAUGUUAAAACAACAACAAAAAGAUGUAUUUUAAAAUGAUAUAAUGCUAUAAAUAAACAUGUGUCAGUCUGGGUUCGAACCUUUAACACCCACAUGUUAAGCGAGAGCACUAUCCCUCUCCUACCAGAUCAUUUAAUUCUCACACCCAUUAGGUGGGACACGAUUGUUAGCGCUUGUCUACACCAUUAAUGAGGCUGUAAUACAUGCAAGUGACCACUAGGUGUCACUGUGGAGGCGGUUUCGGAUUGAUGUCACGCCACGUGACUCUCCACACAAAACAGGACAACAGUGAGGGCUGCCACGACCCUGUCACAUGAAACACAUAAAAGACAUACAGGGCUGACAGGACCAUGACAGUUGCAGCCUGAUACUGGUUUAAAUUCUCAAUCUACACUCAGUACCCCAUUAUAACAAAGUGAAAACAGGAUUUUAGAAAUAUCUAUACAUUUAUUCAAAAUAAAAACUGG